ACACUGCUGUGAGAUUAUCAGAGCGCUCGGCAGCAGACAGAGAGAGAAAGAGGGAGACGCGGAGGAGAGCAGCAGCCCCACCGAUCCUCAAGCGAGAGAGAGAGGCAGCGUCUGGAGCAAGAGCUGGGCGGGGAAAUAACUGCGGUACUGAAGAAAUACUUCAUUGGCGAACUGCAGCAGUUUGUCGGCAUCGCAACUUCGUCCGUGUAAAGCAAAAUGUCAUCGUCGGGAAAAGACAACAGCUCCCAACAUGCGAAUUACGUGGGACCGUAUCGCCUGGAAAAGACGCUUGGCAAAGGACAGACAGGCCUCGUGAAGCUGGGAAUCCACUGUGUCACAUGUCAGAAAGUUGCCAUAAAAAUUGUAAACCGGGAGAAACUCAGCGAGUCUGUGUUGAUGAAGGUGGAAAGAGAAAUAGCUAUUCUGAAGCUUAUAGAACACCCUCAUGUUUUGAAGUUGCACGAUGUCUAUGAAAAUAAGAAAUAUUUAUAUUUGGUUCUAGAGCAUGUGUCAGGUGGAGAGCUCUUUGACUACCUGGUAAAGAAGGGCAGGUUAACACCCAAAGAGGCCAGGAAGUUCUUCAGACAGAUCAUCUCAGCGCUGGACUUCUGUCACAGUCACUCUAUAUGCCACAGAGACCUGAAGCCAGAGAACCUGCUGCUGGAUGAGAAGAAUAACAUCAGGAUAGCAGAUUUUGGCAUGGCCUCUCUACAGGUUGGAGACAGUCUCUUAGAAACCAGCUGCGGAUCCCCUCACUAUGCCUGCCCAGAAGUUAUAAGGGGGGAGAAAUAUGAUGGCAGGAAAGCUGAUGUAUGGAGCUGUGGAGUCAUUCUCUUUGCACUUUUGGUGGGUGCUUUGCCAUUCGACGAUGAUAACCUGAGGAACUUGCUGGAGAAAGUGAAGCUCGGGGUCUUUCACAUGCCCCAUUUCAUUCCUCCAGACUGCCAGAACCUCCUAAGGGGGAUGAUCGAGGUGGACGCCACCAAACGACUCACGUUAGAACAGAUACAGAAGCACACAUGGUACAUAGGAGGAAAGAACGAGCCAGAACCAGAACAACCGGCGCCACGGAAAGUGGCGAUCCGCAUGCUACCCUCCACUGAGGACAUCGACCCAGAUGUGCUGGAAAGCAUGCACUCGCUGGGCUGCUUCCGGGACAAGAACAAACUGAUGAAAGACCUGCUGUCAGACGAUGAUAACCAGGAAAAGAUGAUCUACUUCCUCCUGCUGGACCGUAAGGAGAGAUAUCCCAGCCAUGAGGAUCAGAAUCUACCACCCAGAAAUGAAAUUGAUCCUCCCAGGAAGCGAGUGGACUCUCCACUCUUGACGAGGCACAACAAGAGGAGGCCAGAGCGCAAGUCCAUGGAGGUGCUGAGCAUGACAGAGGGCGGAUCUCCUGUUCCUGUGAGACGUGCCAUCGACAUGGCACAACACGGACAGAGUAAAUCUGUUUUCAGUAAAAGCUUGGAUAUCUCAGAUGCCAACCCCAUACUGCAAAGCAAGGAGGAGAGGUCCCGGUCCAUCAGUGGAGCCUCUUCUGGUCUGUCCACUAGUCCCCUCAGCAGUCCUCGGCCCAUGCGGCGGUUCGCCGUUCCUCCACAAUCCGCAGAACUCACGCAGUCGCCCAACCACAGCCCCACCCACGCGCCUGUGUCCCGGGUGAACGGCACAGGCCCCCACUCCCCCAAAACCUUUCAACCAAAGACAGUUGCCCAUCAGCACUACAACAAAACCCAGACCCUUCCAGCCAAGCCCAAAGUUGCAGACAAGCCCCUGCAGGCCACCAGGUCCAACCCGCUCCCUAACACGAUGGCCGUGCCAUCUGCGGCCAAGUCGGAACCGUCUACGCCCUGCCAAACCCUGCCCCCGCCGAUGCCCGGCAGCCCGAAAGUGCGCCGGCCACCGCUCACGGUGCCACCCAAGCUCUCUGUUCCCCUUUUGCCCCUUUCGCCCAUCCGGCUUCACCACCUUCACCCGCUGGCCGGGACUGACCACAACGGCAAAUCUAUCUCCACCAUACAGGUUACGCCCUACCCCUCCCCCAGGGGCAGCCCAUUACCAACUCCGAAAGGAACACCGGUGCACACACCUAAGGAGAGCCCAGCGGGGACCCCUAGCCCCACGCCACCCCCCAGCCCCUCCAUUGGAGGCAUGCCGUGGAGAACACGCCUCAACUCCAUUAAGAACAGCUUCCUUGGCUCACCACGCUUCCACCGCAGGAAACUACAAGUUCCCACACAAGAGGAAAUGUCCAGCCUAACACCAGAGUCUUCCCCCGAGUAA